AUGGGCAGAAACAAGAAUAUCAGCAGGAACAAGAAGGGCGGAUUCACGACGGCUACCAGCCAUCACAACACGCAAGCACACCUCCGUGCCAACACUGAUACUAGUAUAUCAUCAGGUUCUGGUAUUGGAUCAUCGACGUCAAACAUCCAGUCCUUCGAUGGCAGCUCCAGGUCAUCGACACCAUUUACCACUACAUCGUACGAACAAGCAAAGCCAGACGCUCCCGCACAGAAACGAGACUCGGUCAUAUCUAGCAACUGGGAAGGUCCGGAGCCUGAUACCAAGUCAGUUCCCAAGCCGGUCCAUCGACGUCAGUGGUGGGGCCUGAAACCUUACGGCUGGUGGCCAUGCCGUACCUACAGAUGGAUAUACAACUUCUUCGCCGCCCUCUAUCGAGUUGCCCACGGUCCCGGGAACAGAGACGUAAUCUUAACUAUUGGCAUGCUAGGAGUCUCCAUAUUCGCCGGCUGGAUAGCCAUGGAACUUAUGCUCAGGAUGUUCCAGUUUACCGCUGCUCAGGACAUUGCUCAAGACGCCAACUGUAGUAUUGUCUAUGUCACCAUUCCGGGUCCUAUCAUCACUGUCUCACUUAUCGGCGCUACACCUUCGAAUCCUGCUCGGGGUACAUACUACUUUUCGGUUGUCAAUGGGACGACGGAGUGGUUGAACAGCAUCGCUCCACCUAGUCGAUUCAGCACCCUCAUGACGAAGACUCCCGAAAUUGCUUCAAUCAUUUCGUCACUGCCCGCAACAGGGUCAACCCCCUCAAGCGUACCCUACGUAAUACCCACUUGGACUCCGACAAUUCCAGUCUCACCACCUUUUACGCCAACAUCUUCUGACUUGGGAUCUACUUUGACGACUGUCGUGUUAUCUGGGACAACUCUGGUAACGACAGUCAUCACGGUGUCGCCCCCUUGGAGUGGAUUACUACCUUCGUCAUUGUCUACACAGACUCUCUUACUACCCGGCCAACCAUUUUCUACAGAGGCACCGUCAGGAUCAACUUCGGCUACAACACAUACUUCCUCAUCUGAUGUAGGGUUCCCUUCAACCUCGAUCAUCUUGAUCACUAUAUCUGGCGAAACCCCCACCACUCUGACUAGCAUCUCGACGAUGAUCGUUAGUGGAGUGACGCCAAUCACCGUAUCCAGCUCUGGCGUACCUGGAACCUUGAACGGUGUGCCGCUGAGAACCACAUCCAGUUUCAGCUUGUCUGAACCUUCGAACAUGGCAUCUUUAUUUACCUCUUCCAGCUCAUCGUUGCCUCUCACGUCCAGCGUAGCGGCCAUACUGACGAGCAUGUCGUCCAAUGGAGAGCCCGCAACCUCGAACGAUGUAUCCUCACAAACCACAUCUGGCUCUAAUCUUCCUGAGAUCUCUAGUACAAUGGCUCCACCUGCCUCCACCGACCCAGUUGUGUCAACCAUGUCGAGUGUCUUGACAACACUCACAAGUACUUUGCCUGGGAGUCAAAUCACGACUGUCACCAUUGUUUCCCAGACCGGUGUUAGUGUGUCGGUUUCUGGUUCUACGUCUGAUCUCAGGAUAUCUAUGAUCUCGAGUGCAUCACCCAGUUCUGUACUGUUCGUGCCUUCGUCUCUUCUGGCAACACCUACAGACACCUUCUCCGGCGUUGUGGCUACGACAAGUACCAGUAUUUCGACGACUGCGGUCAGCGGAGUACCGACAUCGCCACCUGGUUCUGUUUCGCCUAUGACCUCAAGGGUUGUGUCAACGAUCACAAGUAUUAUAUCUGGUGGGCAAACGACAACCAUCACCAUCGUUUCGACGUCUGUUGUCGGUGCAGCACCUUCUUUGCCAGCAUCGUUAGACUUCACUAGGACACCUGCGAUCCCUCAACAACGCCCGGAGAACUAUUCACCGCUUCAAGUCAGUUUUUGA